UCGAGGUAGCUGAAUGUCAAACUUUACUAAAAUAAUCCCAUUGGUAGCAGAAGUCGCCUUCAUGCGGGGUAUCAAAUACGAAGCCAACGCUAAAAAACAGUGGGAGAAGAAGAGCGAUCGCAAAAGCGUGAAAAAUUUCAUUCUCUUUGGCUGCUGUAGUCGAUUACAUUACAUCUCUGGUGAUUAAUAUGAGUCUUGGAGGCCCUUCUCUUGGUUCUGGUGGUAGAACUGCUAGAAGGGCAUUUGAGUUUGGACAGACACACGUGGUAAAACCUAAAGGCAAACACCUGGCAACCAUUGUUUGGUUGCAUGGCCUUGGUGACAAUGGUGCAAGCUGGGCCCAGCUCUUGGAGACGCUUCCUCUUCCAAAUAUCAAAUGGAUAUGCCCCACAUCUCCUUCUCAACCCUUAACAUUAUUUGGUGGCUUUCCUUCAAAUGCAUGGUUUGAUGUAAGUGACCUUUCUGAGGAAUCAAAACAAGAUGUAGAUGGACUUGAUGCUUCAGCUGCACAUGUUUUGAGUCUCCUCUCUGCUGAGCCUCCAGAUGUGAAACUUGGAGUAGGAGGGUUUAGUAUGGGUGCAGCCACUGCUUUAUACUCUGCAAGUUGCUUUGCUCAUGGAAAACUUGGGGAUGACAAUGCUUACUCAGCCCAUUUGGAUGCAGUUAUUGGCCUUAGUGGCUGGCUUCCAUGUGCCAAGGACCUAAGUAGCAAGGUAGAAGGAGAUGAAGCUGCAGCUCGAGCAUCAUCUUUGCCCAUUUUGCUAUGCCAUGGAAAAGUUGAUGAUGUGGUUCUCUUCCGUUAUGGUGACAAGUCAUUAGAGAAAUUAACUUCAACUGGCUUUAAAAACUUGACCUUCAAAACCUACGACUCGCUUGGCCACUACACGAUGCCAGAAGAGAUGGACGAAGUUUGUUCGUGGCUAACUUCAAAAUUAGAGCUCAAGUGCGAGUCGUAGUUUCAUCAAUUGCAAAAUCAAAACCAAAAGGAAUAUUUUGUGAAAUAUAAUUUGCUCAAACAUUUAAACAUGUGUGUUGGUUUUGGGUGUGAAAGUUGGUUCCAAACAAUCAAUCAUUAUAAAUACUUGGGUUUACAAUCUACAGAAAA